UAAAAUAUCUUACGGUGAUUGCGAAGCGGAAUUGGUCAUCAAUUGUUAAUGAGCCACCUCACCCGAUACACUACAAUUGGCGACGAGGACAGAGGUUUUACGAACCGAAGCAAAGGUUUCGAAUAGUGUGAAAGUCGUAGGAAUUUCACGUUUCGGCGUAGGGUACGAGGCGACAAUAAACAGAAGCACGAAAGGACGAUAACAGCAAACGCGGAUGGCACAAGCGACGCAAGAUUUAAUCGACUAUACGAAAACGUCGUGGAUUUAUGAACUAAAAAAACCGGAACUAAGAAAAAUAAUCCAAGAUUUAAAAUUGGUGGCGGAUGAAAAUUUAAGUAUCGACGAGUUACGCAGAAUUGUACGCGCGCACGUAAGCGAGAUCAACGAAAGCAGAUCAAAGCAAGCGGACGAGGCUUGUAAUUUAUUAGUAAACAACGAGAAACCGAAAAUCAUCCACACAAUGACGGAGAGUAGUAGUGCGAAAUUGGAAUUUCACCUCGGAGAUGACUGGGAAACAUACACCGAGAGACUGGAGCUAUAUUUUGUCGCAAACGAUGUGAAGGACGAGAAACAAGCAGCGGUAUUGCUAACAAAAAUAAGCGCAGACACGUAUAAGCUUAUUAGAGAUUUGUGUACACCAGUUAAGCCGUCAGCGAAGACAUUUGCACAAUUAGUGAAAUUAGUCAACGAUCACUUGAAUCCAAAGCCAUCGGAAACGAUGGAAAGAUGCAAAUUUCAUCAAGCACAACAAUCGCAUACAGAAUCAGUAGCAGAAUUUGCAGCAAGGUUGAAAAAUUUAUCAAUUACAUGCAAUUUCGGGAACAACGCGACAACAGCGCUACGAGACCAACUUGUUUGUGGCUUAAGAGAUCACGCGACGAAAACAUUGUUAUUUCGAGAGGAGAACUUAACGUUCGAUAAGGCAUUCAAGUUAGCGACAACAGUAGAAUCGGCAGAAAAAAAUGCUAGCUCUACAAGUAGACCAAACGGAGAGUCGUCGAAAGAAACAGUAAAUAAAUUUCAAGGAAAUUCAGAGAAUAAUCGUCAGUUCCAGUCACGGGGCAAGGGGUCAAACCGAGGUAAGCAAGGGAGCCCACAGCAUAACAAUAAUACACGACCAGGGGUCAAAGAUAAGCGGACGACAAACAUAAACCAAGAACGUUCUUCUUCAUGUUACUGCUGCGGAAAAAAUAAUCACUGGGCACGUGAUUGUUACCAUCGCUUCAACACGUGUAAUAUCUGCAAGCAGAAAGGACACUUGGCUUCAGUAUGCAAAACCGGAAGAGCAGUCCAGCAUAUACAGCAGGGUACAGAUGACCACGAGGAAUAGCAACGGGACGAGUACGACUUCUUCAUGGCAACAGACGGCAACGACUCAUCAAAAACAACAAGCGAUUGAUCUGCAGCACGCUUAUAUGCAGAUCCCGGUAGAGGAAAGCAGUCGAGAUUUCCUGACAAUAAUAACGCACAAAGGUCUCUACCGGUACACAAAAAUGACGGAAGGAAUUGCAUCAGGUCCAGGAGAUUUUCAGCGGAAAAUAGAGCAGUGUCUAUCAGGCAUCGAUGGUGUAAUUCCUUAUCUAGACAAUAUUUUUGUAACGGGAGAAACCGACGAAAUUCAUUUAAAAACAUUGUAUAUGGUAUUCCAAAGAUUAGAACAAAGUGGAUUUCAUGUAAAUAUCAAUAAAUGUGAUUUUUUCAAAGAGAAGCUAGACUUGUUAGGAUUUGUUAUUAACAAGGAGGGAUUACACAAAUCAGAAACAAAAGUGAAAGCAAUGACAAAUGCACCAGUACCGCGAAAUAAGAAACAAUUAGAAUCUUUUAUCGGAUUGAUUACUUAUUAUGCGAGAUUUCUACCUAAUAGAGCAGAAAAGUUACAACCUUUAUAUAAAUGUGCUAAAGCGGAAACGUUUAAAUGGACGGUAGAAUGUCAAAAAGCAGUUGAUUGGGUCAAAAUGGAAUUAAUAUCACCUCGAGUAUUGGCACACUACGAUCCGAAAGAAGAUUUAGUAUUGUCAUGUGAUGCGUCCACGUAUGGAUUAGGAGCAAUUUUAGCGCACCGAUAUAAAGAUGGUACGGAGAAACCAAUAGCUUAUGCAUCUAAAGUAAUACCGGAAAAAGAAUUAAAUCGCGCAAUCAUUGAUAAGGAAGCCAGUGCAAUCGUAUUUGGAUUUAAAAAGUUCUACAACUAUAUUUACGGAACAACUACACUAACGUUACGGACAGAUCACAAACCUUUGGUUUUUAUCUUUGGUCCAAAGCAAGAAAUUCCUUUGACGGUAGCAAGUAGAUUACAAAGAUGGGCGUAUUUUCUAUCGAGAUUUACAUACACCAUAGAGUACGUUACAUCGCAGGAAAAUAGAAACUGUGAUGCACUGUCGAGACUUCCGAUUAACGAUAGCAUUCAGAUAUUUGAUAAUGAAUUUACAAUGAUAAAUUAUGUUUCAGAAGCUUUAGAUACAUUAAACGCGAAAAAAAUUGCAAAAGAAACAAAGAAGGAUAAGCUAUUGAGUAACGUUAUUAAGUAUAUAAGCGGUACAUGGCCAGCGGUAAGCGAGAUGAAUGAGGAUGAGAAUAAAUUCUAUGCGAAACGGGAUGAAUUGAAUGUCGAAAAAGAGUGCUUACUGUGGGGAUAUCGCAUAGUGGUACCAGAAGCAGUAAAACCCAGUGUUCUAAGUGAAUUGCACGCGUCACAUUUUGGGGUGGUAAAAAUGAAAAUGUUGGCAAGAAACUAUGUGUGGUGGCCAAACAUUGAUAAAGACAUUGAGAAUGUAGCAACGGCAUGUAAAGUGUGCGUGCAAGAGAGAAAGAAACCGCCUAAUGUUCCGCUAACGCCAUGGCCGUAUCCCGAUAAGUGCUGGAGUAGGAUACAUACUGAUUUCCUAGGUCCUGUUCAUGGACAUAUGUUCAUGGUAGUAAUGGAUGCGUAUUCGAAAUUGCCAGAAGUUAUCGAUAUGAACAAAUGCACCACGGCAGAGAGGGUCAUUGAGGAGUUUAAGAAAAUUAUAGUUAGGUACGGAUUACCGAAGCAUGUAGUAACUGAUAACGGCACACAAUUCACGAGUAACGAAUUUCGAGAAUUUUGUAAAGCGAACGGUAUCAAGCAGAGUUUCACAGCACCGCAUCAUCCAGCAACAAAUGGUGCAGCUGAAAACUUUGUCGGUACUUUCAAAGAUAAAGUCAAUAAAAUAAUGCAAGGCGGGAAAUCAUUAGAAUAUGCAGUUAAUCUAUUUUUGUUUGACUAUAGAUCCAUUGAGCAUUGCACUACAGGCAGAUCACCGGCGUUCAUGAUGUUUAAACGAGAAAUAAGAACGCGCUUUGAGUUAAUGAAACCGAGUGUAAUCGAUGAUGUAGAGAAACAACAGAGAGCGCAAAUCAUAAGUAGACGCGGUAAUCGAAAUGUUGAGUUCCAAACAGGUGACAUGGUAAUGGUUGAGGAUUUUGGUGUCAGAAGUAAAAAACGGGUCGUAGGCACGAUCGAAGAAAAAGUAUCACCGGUAACGUUUAGGGUGAAGGUUGCACCUGAUAAGCUAUGGAAACGACAUGUCGAUCAAAUCAUUAGAUACACACCGACGGUGGUCGAUAACGAUAAAGGUACAGCGGUACCAGCAAGCGAAUCUCGAGUGAAGCUACGCCGCUCGGAAAGAACAAGUAAAGGGGGCGAGUUGUAAUGUAUUAGGAUACGGUACUGGGAGCGAGCAGCGGCGCGACGGCACGAGUGGAAAUGACUGAUCCGCACUCGAUAUAGAAGUAAGUCAGUCGAGCGUGGCGAGCGUCACGGACGCACGCGGGUACAUACAUAUAUCUGUAUAACUUUUACUCAGCAUUAAAAUAUCUUACGGUGAUUGCGAA